CUGGAUGUUCUGUCCGGGAUGUGUGACAGGAGGGGAAAUCCGAGCCAGUGGAGGGGGGGGCUGUUAUGGGAAUCCGGCCCUUCUUAGGAGAAAAGGCUUCCUGAGAUCAGCUGUGAGCCAGGAAGUGAGGGGAAGGCCAGCGGUUGAGACAAAACCACAGAAGAACCUCCUGAAGAGAGACGGGGUCGGUAACCAGCCCAGACUCGGAAGGCAAAAUCUUUGCUACUGGAUUCGGAGCUGCACAAGCACUGAAGGAAGAUGCAGCGGAUAAUACUGACAAUCUCAUUUGUCCUGUCACCCGGUUUCCCUUCCCAAGAGGACAUUGUUUGGUUCAACGGAUCAAAAGGAGUUCCACUAGACCAGCAGUACGCCAGCCUUGGGGCGCCUGAAGUCCUCUUGCAUUGCCCCGUCCCUGAAGGCAAUUCCACGGUGGGAUGGAAAAUGAGCAGCACGUUCCGUGGGAUUUUGAAGGCAGUGAGGAGAGAUGGCAGCCUUGUUUUGCAGAACGCCAGCCUGGCUCAGAAUGGGGAAUACAGUUGCCAUGAUCUCGCCACUGGGCGGGUGCUGCGGAGAAUUCAUCUGAAGCUGGGCUACCCACCUGAUAAGCCUUUAGUAUGGUGCUGGUCCACCACCUACCCAGCCAUCAAUUGCUCCUGGAGGUUGGAGACAAAGACACACCUGCCUACUUUUUUUUCCUCCACGUACAGGCUUGGCAUGGGAGGUGAAGUAAAGGAGUGUGUCCAAGCUACCACAGUGGCCAACAGCUGCUCUAUUGACAAUGUCCAGAUGUUCUCUAUCAAUCCCUAUGUGCUGAAUGUAACAGCGGUGAACCCCCUGGGGGCAGCAACGACCCACUACUACUUCUUCCAGAAUGAGAUCCUCAAGCCUGACCCUCCAGAAGACUUGACCGUCUCCCAGAUCCCGGGCCAGAGGAAGAAGAUACUUUUGGGGUGGAAGCCCCCCAGCUCCUGGAAAUUCCCAGAAUACUUCCCCCUCAAAUACUUGAUCCGUUACUCAGGGGAUGGAACCAACACCAUCAAAACGGUGAGAGAGAGCCCCAUAUAUGAGUCAGGGCUCUGUAGCUUUAGGACAAAAUUGCUGCGCUUCCUUUAUUUGACCGUUGUGCUUCUUCUUGCAGCCCUUCCUUUAAUGCUUUGGUGCACAGGCUGCUGGCUUAUUGGAGAUAAUAGAAAUAGUAGUGCUAGUAGUGCUAGUAGUAGUGUAGCAAAUGGUCAGGCCAGUCAAAUGACCAGCAAGAAAGCUUUAAUUGUUUGCCGGCAGCAAGCAAUGGCACCGAGGAAUAAGUUCCGAAGUCCGGCCCUCCCAACAGGGGAGGCUUCCCUUUAG